CCGCGCCCCCCCCGCGCCCGCCCCCUCCCCGCCUUUCCCGCCGCGUCGGCCCCCUCCCUCGGCCCGCCGCCGCCGCCGCUCCCGAUGAGGCGAUGGCAGCGGCCAACUUCGGCAAGAUCCAGAUCGGCAUCUACGUGGAGAUCAAGCGGAGCGAUGGCCGAAUACAUCAAGCAAUGGUAACAUCUUUAAAUGAAGAUAAUGAAAGUGUAACUGUUGAGUGGAUAGAAAAUGGAGAUACGAAAGGCAAAGAGAUUGACUUGGAGAGUAUCUUUUCACUUAACCCUGACCUUGUACCAGAUGAAGAAAUUGAACCCAGUCCAGAAACACCUCCUCCUCCAGCAUCCUCAGCCAAAGUAAACAAAAUUGUAAAGAAUCGACGGACUGUGGCUUCCGUUAAAAAUGACCCUCCUCCAAGAGAUAAUCGAGUCAUUGGUUCUGCACGUGCACGGCCUAGUCAGCUUCCUGAACAGUCUUCCUCUGCACAACAGAAUGGUAGUGUUUCAGAUAUAUCUCCAGUUCAAGCUGCAAAAAAGGAAUUUGGACCCCCUUCACGUAGAAAAUCUAAUUGUGUAAAAGAAGUAGAAAAAUUACAAGAAAAACGAGAAAAAAGGAGACUACAACAGCAAGAACUCCGAGAAAAAAGAGCCCAGGAUGUUGAUGCAACAAACCCCAAUUAUGAAAUUAUGUGUAUGAUCAGAGAUUUUAGAGGAAGUUUGGAUUAUAGACCAUUAACAACAGCAGAUCCGAUUGAUGAACAUAGGAUAUGUGUUUGUGUAAGAAAACGGCCACUCAAUAAAAAAGAAACUCAAAUGAAAGAUCUUGAUGUAAUUACAAUCCCUAGUAAAGAUGUUGUGAUGGUACAUGAACCAAAACAAAAAGUCGAUUUAACACGGUACCUGGAAAACCAAACAUUUCGCUUUGAUUAUGCCUUUGAUGAUUCAGCUCCUAAUGAAAUGGUUUACAGAUUUACAGCUAGACCGCUAGUGGAAACUAUUUUUGAAAGGGGAAUGGCUACGUGCUUUGCUUAUGGGCAGACUGGAAGCGGAAAGACUCAUACUAUGGGAGGCGACUUUUCAGGAAAGAACCAAGAUUGCUCUAAAGGAAUCUAUGCAUUAGCAGCUCGAGAUGUCUUUUUAAUGCUGAAGAAGCCAAACUAUAAGAAGUUAGAACUUCAAGUAUAUGCAACAUUUUUUGAAAUUUAUAGUGGAAAGGUGUUUGACUUGCUAAACAGGAAAACAAAAUUAAGAGUACUUGAAGAUGGAAAACAGCAGGUUCAAGUGGUGGGACUGCAGGAGCGGGAAGUUAAAUGUGUCGAAGAUGUUCUGAAACUCAUUGAUAUAGGCAACAGUUGCAGGACAUCUGGUCAAACAUCUGCAAAUGCACAUUCAUCUCGGAGCCAUGCAGUGUUUCAGAUUAUUCUUAGAAGGAAAGGAAAACUACAUGGCAAAUUCUCUCUCAUUGACUUGGCUGGAAAUGAAAGAGGAGCUGAUACUUCCAGUGCGGACAGGCAGACGAGGCUUGAAGGUGCUGAAAUUAAUAAAAGCCUUUUAGCACUCAAGGAGUGCAUCAGAGCCUUAGGCAGAAAUAAACCUCAUACUCCAUUCCGAGCAAGUAAACUUACUCAGGUGUUAAGAGAUUCUUUCAUAGGUGAAAACUCUCGAACCUGCAUGAUUGCCACAAUCUCUCCAGGAAUGGCAUCCUGUGAAAAUACCCUUAAUACAUUAAGAUAUGCAAAUAGAGUAAAGGAGUUUGGAAUUAGUCCAUCAGACAUUCCCUUCUCACAGGGUAGUGGCAGUCGCCCUGAUCUCUCUCCUUCUUAUGAGUAUGACGACUUUUCUCCUUCGAUUACCAGGGUGAAAGAACUGACUGUGGAUCCAACUGCAGCCGGUGAUGUUCGUCCGGUAAUGCACCACCCACCAAGUCAGAUCGAUGACUUAGAGGCACAGUGGGGUGUUGGCAGUUCCCCUCAGAGAGACGAUCUGAAGCUUCUCUGUGAGCAAAAUGAAGAAGAGGUUUCUCCACAGUUGUUUACUUUCCAUGAAGCUGUGUCUCAAAUGGUGGAAAUGGAAGAACAGGUUGUGGAAGAUCACAGGGCAGUGUUCCAGGAAUCCAUUCGAUGGUUAGAAGAUGAAAAAGCUCUCCUAGAGAUGACUGAAGAAGUGGACUAUGAUGUCGAUUCAUAUGCUACACAACUUGAAGCUAUUCUUGAGCAAAAAAUAGAUAUUUUAACUGAAUUACGGGAUAAAGUGAAAUCUUUCCGUGCAGCUCUACAAGAGGAAGAACAAGCCAGCAAACAAAUCAACCCGAAGAGACCCCGUGCCCUUUGAAUUGGCAUUUGCUGCAAAAGGAUCCCCAGAACCCUCACUCCUGUAACAUACAGUGGGUCAGCUGUAAGGGCCAUUGGAAAGUUUGAAAUUUUAAGUGUUGGUGGGAAAUGUCUUGUCCCUUCACCUGAAUGACAUUUCAAUUUUGUGAAACACUCAUUUGUCUGCAAAAUGCUUCUAGUCCAGGAGGCACAACCAAGAUAUGGGAAUAUUGAAGUAUUUUGUUUCAUUUACCCAAAUAGUGAUUUACUUUUGGAAAUCUUUGCCAAUUUUAUUUUCUAUAUAAUGAAGUAAGAUUGUGGAACUGAUCCAGAGGUGAAGAGUAGGGGAACCACAGCAUUUCCUUUUAACUUGAUGCAAUUUUUCGUAGCAAGACUGAGAAGUUUUCAAUCUUUUGCGUGCAUGCAUACCUCAUCAGUGAUUGUACAUACCUUGCCCACUUCUAGAGAAAGCUGUGCUCACCUCUUCCUGCUUUGUGCCUUGACUAAGGCUAUUGACCCUAAAUUUCUGAAGCACAGCCAGGAUAAAUUACAUUCCUUAUUUGUUACUGUAAAUUACCUUUAUUGUGUGUACAUUUAUACUGUGUUUGAGACUUUUUUGUGUGUGUGUGUGUGUUACUAGUUAAUUUUGCAGGAUGUGCCAUAUCAUUGAAUGGAACUAAAGUCUGUGACAGUGGACAUAGCUGCUGGACCAUUCCAUCUUACACGUAAAGAAGUCUGGAAUUAUGAUUUUAAGACCAUACAACGUGAUUAUAAUUUUCUUAGCAUUUUCUUUGUAAAGAACUAAACUAUAAACUAGUUGGUGUAUAAUAAAGAGUAAUGAAAUUCUGA